AUGGAGGGAAAGAGUGAAAACAGUCACAAACUGUGGCAGGAUGACAUCAUUAGAGAUGCUGUUAAAUCUAUAAGGCCAGCUGGCAUCCCUGAGGAUGACUCAGUGGUUUUUGAGGAUGUGGUUGUGGACUUCACCCCGGAGGAGUGGGCUUUGCUGGAUCCUGGUCAGAGGAGGCUCUACAAAGAUGUGAUGCUGGAGACCUGCAGGAACCUGGCCUCACUGGGUGAAAACUGGAAAUGCCCUGGCAUUGAACAUCAGCACAAGAACGAGGGGACACGUAUGAGGUGUCAUGUGGUGGGGAUACCCUCAGAAAAUAAUGGAAGUAAUCAAUGUGGAGAAACCAAUCAGAUUUCAAAUUUUAUUGUGCAUAAGAGACUUCCUACUGGAGUAAAUUCCUGUGACUACAUUAAGUUUGAAAAAGCCAUCAUGGAUACUACACCCCUAAAGAGUCCCAUAACAUCAUCUCAACAUGGACAGAAACCCCAUCAAUGUAAGGAAUGUGGGAAAACUUUUAUUUGUUACUCAUCAUUUAGAGCACACAUAAGAGCUCACACUGAAAAGAAACCCUAUACAUGUAAAGAAUGUGGAAAAGCCUUUAUAUACUUCUCCAAACUUAGGGUCCAUAUAAGAAUCCACACUGGAGAAAAGCCUUAUGAAUGUGAAAAGUGUGGGAAAACCUUCAGUCAUUCUUUUUACUUGAUCAUACAUGCAAGAAUGCACACUGGAGAGAAAGCCUAUAAAUGUGUGGAAUGUGGGAAGGCCUACAGUUGGCCCUCUGACCUUAGGAUUCACAUGAGAACACACUCUGGAGAAAAGCCUUAUGAAUGUAAACAAUGCCAGAAAUCCUUCAGUUCCCCCUCAUCCUUUAAGGGACAUCUGCGAACUCACACAGGAGAAAAACCGUAUGCAUGUAAUGAAUGUGGGAAAGCCUUCAGCAGUCUCUCAUACUUUAGAACACAUGUGAGAAUUCACACUGGAGAGAAACCCUAUAUAUGUAAGCAAUGUGGGAAAGCUUUCAGUUGGUCAUCAUCAUUUCGAGGACAUUUGAGAACUCAUAGUAGAGAGAAGCCCUGUAAGUGUAAGGAAUGUGGUAAAAUCUUCAGUAGACUCUCAUCCCUACAAAGACAUAUGAGAAAUCACAGUGGGGAGAAACUCUAAAUGUAAGCAGUGUGGGAAAGACUUCUGUAAUCCCCUAUCCUUAAAAAAAAAAGACAGGAACUCCCACAGGAGGGAAACCCUAUGUCAGUAAAUGUGGCAAAACCAUGUAA